UUUGAGUUUCUUGUGCCGGCGAGGCCUAUUAUCACUUCGGCAAUGAAAUGUGUCAUUCCCGGGACAAACGCUCGUGUUUUCGCGAAAGCCAUUCAAUCUAUGGCGAAAAUCGGUUCGGAAUUGUUUGUCGAGGCGGACGACGAUGGACUCUCCAUUCGGACGGUUAGCGCCACCAAGUCGGCGUUUGCAAUGAUCCGCUUCGAACCAAACUUCUUCAAUGAUUACAACAUUGAGAGCGACACUGAGGAUGAUUUCGCCAACAAAUGCAAGGUUUCCAUGAAGGCGUGCAUUGGUGUCUUCAAGAACAUGAAGCAGGUUGAGCUCUGCAAAAUCCACAUAGACUCGGCUCACUCGAAGCUAAUUGUCCAGCUAAAGUGUCGGCUGGAGACUAUCAGAACCCAUUCCAUCUCAAUUUUGGACUUUGAGACGCUACAGGCCGUGUACAUGACUGAUAACGUCCCCAAUGUGUUGUCAUCAUCUCACAAGCUCUUCUCGGAGAUAUCGAACAAUUUUCAGAUGAACGAGGAGGAAAUAACGCUGGAAGCAGGCGCUGACAGUUUGACUGUUAAGAAUUACGUGGAGGGCUCCCAUGUCGACAGGAAAUUUAUGCGAUCGCAGUUGGCGCUCAAAGCGGAAGAGUUUGAUAAAUAUAGAAUUGAUGAGGAGACGUCAAUCACAUUUUGCUUGCGAGAGUUUCGGGCCCUCCUUGGAUUUGCGGAAUCCAUUAAUAUCGAUUUAAUGGUCCAUUUUGAGAGAGCUGGCCGACCUGUCGUCUUCACACUAAACAAUCUACACACAUUCGAGGCCAACCUCGUCAUGUCAACGCUUUCUCCCGAUGAUAUUGAACCUUGUAAUCAAUCCAUACAAAAUCGAUCACGAAAUGAUAUGGGAAAAAGAAUUUGCGAUACAAGUGAAGUGACAUCUCUCUCUGAAGGCACCGCAUUCAAAAGAGCAAAACCAAAUUUCUCGGAAACAUCAUCUGUCGACGAAGUGCUAUUCAACUUCCCUCCAAGAAAUGAAUCUGAAUCUGUAGAUAUUGUAAGAGGAAAUACACAAGCAAACAUUGAAACUCAACUCUCUGUACCAACUGUACCAAAGCCCAGAGAAAGUACGCAUGCUGAUUUGGAAAACAAAGAAUCAGAAGGGAUUUGUGUCACCUUCAAAGAUACGGAAGAGUUAAACGAAGUAGAUUCCGUGCCGAAAUCUCCGACCGUCGUUGUCCGCCAGAAGAAAGCUAGAGCUGUGUUCAAACGAUGUUUUGAAGCAACUUUCAAUCCGAAAAAUAUAACCGGUGCUAGCCAAAUUUUAGCACCUAAUUCGGAUACUGAAGAUUGAUUAUGGAAGCUAUCAGUGUACAUAAUUUUUGUUAUAAUUUCUAUUAUUGUAAGAAAGAAAAUUGCGAUUUUACA